AUGUCGAACAAUUGCUGUUCGCGUAAACGGGAAGUAAAGAACCAUGUAAACGCUUUGAGAGGUAAGUGUUACCAUCACAAAUUAAUCUUUUUAUUCAUAAUCUUGUCUUGCAGCGAGGGUGAACAAGCACACGGAGAAGGAGGAUCGUUUAUUCAAUAAUCCCAGGUUCAGCGACUUUCAAAUCAAAACAGGACCCAAGACGUUCCAUGUAAGCCGUUUUUCUCGUUGCCUUAUUCCCAAAUUUAGGUAACAAAACAUCAGUUGGCUCUGAAGUCCGAGGUCUUCGAGAGAAUGUUCAAUUCUGAUAUGAAGGAGGCGAAUGAAGGCGUCUUGGAGCUGCAGGAUGACGCAGAAUCCGUGAGGGCGAUGCUCAGAUAUAUUUACAUGCACAAAAAGGUGAAAGGAAACACAUUGGCGAGGAAAGUUGUUCAUCUCGCACAUCGUUACGAAAUAAAUGAACUCAAAGUGAGUAUUGCGUAAAACGAUUGGUUUUUUUCGUUUAGUAGCCUCGCUGUGACCUGGAGAUGGGAUAAAAAUUUUUUUUUGGGUCAAUGGUCGAAAAUUCUGAUCGUUGGCUGGUUUCUCAUAUUGCCAUGGUAUUUUUGUUUUACAUUAAUUUCUUGGUCUUUAGGAUCAGUGCGAGCUGGAAAUGAUUGAUCAAUUGACAAAAGAAGGAGCCCGUGAGAGCUUGCGAGUGGCCGAUAAACUGGAAUUACCACUCUUGUUCGUGAAAUGCAACGAAAUCCUGUAUUACAAGUUGAAUGACUUUGAAGAUUUGGAACCAAAAGGUACGAAAGUCAUGAAAUUAACGUUACUUUCUGCUUUUAGAGGCCAUUUUAAAUGUCUCCAUCACACCCGUGGGUGAUCGUACAACCAAUGGGAUUUCAUCCGAGUAUUUGAUUGUCAACAAUAGUAAAUUCAAAAUAUGUUACGCUGUUUACCCGGCUUCAUAUUGCGUUGGCAAGUGGUCCUGUGCAACACUUGAACCUACGAUGAGUUGGCGCGUAAAGAUUCAAGCCAAUGAGUUACCUUCCGAGUCCAGAAAAACGUGUGGAAUUUGGUAUGGAAAAUAUGAUCAUGAUUCCGAUUAUUUAGACAAAAACUGUCGAAAGUUUUAUUAUUUUAGUAACCACUCGUAAUCCCUUUUAUUUUACUUUCUCACUCUCAAAAAAUAUAUUUAACAAGGAAAGUACUUUUAUGGGGGCUCCUACUUUUUGACGAGACAUAUCUCAAAAAAUCAGAAAAAAUGUGCUGAUCAAGGAUAUAUAAAUCUUAGCUGCCCAUUUUAGGUUUUUAUGGGUGAAAAUGCCCAAAAACCGGCUAAUUUCCCUACAAAAGGCGCAGGCAUUCGAAACGAUAAAAAGCGCAGACGGUCUCUUCCUUCGGAAGAGAGCAGUGUGGCCGAGUGGUUAGUGCCGUAGUCCGGGAAUCAAGAGGGAGGACGCCGCACGGGUUCGAUUUCCCUUUUGGGCCGAAUCAACUUUUUUUGAAGUUGAAGUUCGGAAAAAUAAAUUUUUGGGCCAAGACUGAUUUAUUACAUCUUAGAAACUGAAUAAACACCAUUUUAAGCCAAAAUAAAAAUUGUAAACCUGUGAAAAAUUAAGUGAAAAGGGGUUCAUAUAGGACUUUAAAGUACGCACUUCCGCUAAGCCAAAAUUGGCUUUCUCCCAGCAAAGAAAUUUUUCGUUGCGGGACCCGCAACCGGUGGGCGUGUCAGUAAAAAUAAAAAUAUUUUUGGGUAUUCCAAUGUAAAACUGUUGUUCGAAUGGAAUUUUUACAAAGGUAAGUCUGUUUUUACACCUAGUUUAGCUUGAAAAUGCAAUAAUUGUUCUUAUUUGUCCAAUUUUUCGAUAUUUUUCGCAAUGUUACAUGAUUUUGAUGCAAAUCAGGGUUGGCUAUGGAGAAUUUUAGUUUUAUGGUUGUAAUUUCAGGAAUAAGCGCAAAAUCGUCCAUCCCGACACCGGAGUCACUCCAAGGUCAUGA